ACAAAAAACUGCGGAGGAGGACAGAAAGGCAGCAAAGGAGAGGAUGAAUCUUUUCGUAGUCGUCUCCGCUUCAUUCUUCCUCUUCCUUUCCAUUAUCGUUUUUCCUCUCCUCAACCCCAACUAUUGGUUAAAGUCCUUGUUGCCCUCAUCGAAAUUAGCAGCGGAUUUGAUUGUGAGAAAUGGGGUCAUCUUCACCAGCGACCCUUCUCUGCCUUUUGCUGAUUCCAUGGCCAUUCGCGCCGGUAGGAUCCUCAGCAUCGGCAACUAUUCCUCUCUUCAGGAUUUGGCUGGGUAUGGAACAAAAGAGUUGAAUCUUGAAGGAAAAGUUGUAGUUCCUGGAUUUGUUGAUUCUCAUGUGCACUUGCUUUUUGGGGGACUGCAGAUGAUGCGUGUGGAACUCCGAGGUGUGAAUCAGAAGGAAGAACUUGUGAGAAGGGUGGAAGAAGCAGCAUUAAAUGCCAGAAAGGGUUCAUGGAUUCUGGGAGGUGGAUGGAACAAUGAUCUAUGGGGAGGAGAACUGCCUAAGGCAGCUUGGAUAGAUGAUAUAACACCUGACAAUCCUGUUUGGCUAACCAGGAUGGAUGGUCACAUGGGCUUGUCAAAUACAGUUGCACUUGACUUGGCUGGAAUUACUAAAUUGUCUGAAGAUCCAAGUGGAGGAACUAUAAUGAGAACAGUUGAUGGGGAGCCUACAGGAUUGUUGAUUGAUUCUGCAAUGAAACUUGUCCUAUCUUGGAUUCCAGAUAUCUCUAUUGAUCAAAGAAGGGAUGCUUUAAUUAAGGCUAGCAAUCUUGCUUUGAUGAGGGGAGUCACAACUGUUGUUGAUUUUGGGAGAUAUUAUCCUGGUGCAUCAGUUGAGCAUUCCUGGGAGGAUCUUUCAGAUGUGUACCAAUGGGCUGAUUCUUCUGGGAAGAUGAUGAUCAGAGUCUGCUUAUUUUUUCCAAUUGAGACAUGGUCACGUUUGUAUGAUCUCAUUCAAAAGGUAGGUUCCGCCCUUAGUGAUUGGAUUUACCUUGGUGGUGUUAAAGCUUUUGCUGAUGGAUCUCUAGGUUCUAAUAGUGCUCUCUUUCAUGAGCCGUACAUCGAUGAGCCUAACAAUAAAGGUGUACAAGUUACAGAACUUGAAAGUCUUGUCAACUUGACCAUGUCUUCAGACAAGUAUGGGCUUCAGGUUGCUAUUCAUGCUAUAGGUGAUAGAGCAAAUGACUUGAUCCUGGAUAUGUAUGAAUUAGUUGCCUCAGAAAAUGGAAACCGGGAUCGGAGAUUUAGGAUUGAACAUGCUCAGCAUCUGGCACCUGGAGCAGCAGAACGGUUUGGUAAACAAGAGAUUGUUGCUUCAGUACAGCCAGAUCACCUGCUCGAUGAUGCUGACUCUGCAAUCAAAAAGCUCGGGUUUGAUAGGGCUCAAAAGGGAUCAUAUCUUUUUCAGUCACUUGCAUCCAGCAAAGCAAUAGUAGCUCUUGGUUCUGACUGUCCAGUUGCACAUAUCAAUCCUUUAAGUGCCAUCAGAACAGCAGUGAAAAGAAUACCUCCUGGUUGGGAAAAUCCAUGGAAUCCAUCGGAGCGCCUUUCUGUCAAUGAUGCAUUAAUCUUGCACACUAUUUCAGCUGCUCGAGCAUGCUUUCUUGACAACGAAAUAGGAUCCUUAACUCCUGGCAAAUUCGCUGAUUUUGUCAUACUUUCCACUAACUUGUGGGAUGAUUUUACAGCAGAAGGAUCUGCAUCAGUGGAGGCAACAUAUGUUGCCGGUGCACAGGCCUUUGCCUAUUCAUGAAAAAGGCUUGGAGGCUUCCAACUUCAAUUCUUCAAAGAUUAGAUAUGAAGCUCAGACAUACUACAUGUAACAUAUUAGGAAGAAAGCUUUUUUUUUUUUUUUAAUUUCACUUCAUGCUCUCUAAGGAUUUAUUUGA